AUGAAGACAGACGUGUACGAAUUGCCGAGGACGUCCUUGGAAGAGCUGGUCUUGCCUCUGCAGCAGGCUUUCGAAUCGAACUACUCAGUCGCAAGAGUGGAAGUCACGACAUGCCCAGACUUGCGAGGCGCGCCUUUUAAUCUCGCAGGGCAGGGAUUAGGAGGCCGUCCCAUCGUUGCGGAUAUAGGUGGUCAACCCAAUCUGUUUCCUCGACCAGUUCUCGAUAAGCGAUAUUCGAUGCUUGAUAUUGCUCGACAUUGCAUGGGUAUGGCUCCCGAUCAGGGUAUGCUAAUCGGCGCAGGUGCAGGUCCUUUCCACAUUCUUGGACAAAACUCGGAACUGGCUCCGAAUCUUGCUUGGAAAGACAAUUUCGAAGAUAUCACAAACUUGACUCACUAUGCGAAAGUCGACACCUCGACGUCUGAUAGUAUCCAAGUUGUCUGCGAGAGGUGUCAGUCGACAGAUUGUGCAUUGAUGAUGAAUCUGUUUGGCUCUUCAGGCUUGCCAGGGCCAGUCCUCAAGAUUACUGCCAAGAAGCGGCAUGGGGCGACCAAGUCGUUCACAGACGUGAUACGUUUUGCACUGCACGAGCAUUUUGGUGAUGCCCAUCCAAUAUCUUUAGGUGGUGUUUUCGUCUUCAAAGGUAAAGCGAAUUUCCACGUUAUGCCUGGUUUCCCACCCGAAGAUCAACUACCCUUCAAGGAUCGCCAUCAACUCAACGACUGGCUGACCUAUCACAACUUCUCUGUCAAGGGCGACGGUGAUCAGAUUGUCUGCCUUAGCGUGCUUCAUUCUGCGGAUCCAGACAAGAAGAUGGGUUUGCGUAUGGAACAUACUCAUUGUUUCAGCAUGGAUGGUAGAGGUGGACAUUACCAUUACGAUCUUGGAAAUGAGGAGAUUGAGUACGAGGGAUACUUCAAUGUCGCUGAGGCCAUCUACAGAGUGGACAGACCUGAAGUGACGCUCAAGCAAGAUCUUCAUGAAUGA